AUGCCCCCGAAGAAGACUGUCAAGCCCGCCCAGGAGAACAUCUCCCUGGGCCCCCAGGUCCGCGAGGGCGAGCUCGUUUUCGGCGUUGCCCGCAUCUUCGCUUCCUUCAACGACACUUUCGUCCACGUUACGGAUCUGAGUGGUCGCGAAACCAUCUGCCGUGUUACCGGUGGUAUGAAGGUCAAGGCCGACCGUGACGAGUCCUCGCCGUACGCCGCCAUGCUGGCUGCGCAGGACGUCGCCGCCCGCUGCAAGGAGCUGGGCAUCACUGCUCUGCACAUCAAGAUCCGUGCCACCGGUGGCAACGGCACCAAGACCCCCGGCCCCGGUGCCCAGUCGGCCCUGCGCGCCCUGGCCCGUUCCGGCAUGAAGAUUGGCCGCAUCGAGGACGUCACCCCCACGCCCUCCGACUCGACCCGCCGCAAGGGUGGUCGCCGUGGUCGUCGUCUGUAG